ACGGUAGCUUCGGCUUCGCUCGGAAGUGUUCGGCUGUUGUCGGGACUCACCCGGUGGUGUCCGAGUGCAGAGCGAGCGCAGCAGCCUCUCUCAGCGCCAUUCAUGUGCGCAGACCGCGGGGCACACCUGGUCGGAGCGAGGAGAGCGACUCACCGAGUGGAACCGAGUGGAACCGAGCUCCACGCAGCAGCAGCCUGCUUAAUCACUUGAGGAAUGCGGUGCCAUUAGGACGGGAGGGAAACUUUCUACCCACUGCAACUUUUAAACUUUCAGCAACUUGUGGAACAUUUAAAAAUAAAAUAAAUAAAGGGAACAUGGCCACAGGCGGAUUUAAGUCAAACGCCACCACGGACUUUUUGGAGGAGUGGAAGGCGAAACGGGAGAAAAUGAGAGCCAAGAUGUUGGGGGACAUUGCCGCAGCCACUGGUGCUCCUUUGGGUGCCAGCAACACAAACAGCACCGGCACCAGUAACCGCCACGCACCGCCGCCACCGCCGCCACAACCGGCGGGCGCAGAGCUCACAAACAACGGCAACCCGGGGAACUGCCUCCCCUCCUCCUACUCCGUGGCUCGGUCCUCCUCCGGCUCGGCUUUGAUGAAGAGAGCCGAAGAGGAAACAGUCACCCCGGGGAGCAACCUGAAGAAAGCUCCGCCUCAGAUGGAGAAGUCUCCACCGUGCGCCACGCCGGACUCCAGCCCCGUGGCGUGCAAUGACAGUGACAAGGAGAGUCCAUCACCGGGCAAAGCCAAGGAGAAGAACAGCUCCGGACCGAGUGCCAGGAAGGGGAAAGGGCAGAUCGAGAAGAGGAAGUUGAGGGAAAAGAGGAGAUCAACAGGUGUAGUCAGCAUACCGUCCAAUGAGAGCCUGGACGAGCUGGACGAUGACGACGCAGGGGAGAAGAACCGGAGGGAGGAGGAGGAGCUGGUUCAGGCCAACACUUUCCAGAACGAGGCCAUGAUAGCCGACCCGGCCACCGGCCACAUAAUGGAUACCCCCAGAUCUGGGAGCGGCCGCCACAAGAGCUCUGCAGGGCCGGGAUCUGAGGAAGAGGCGGGCGGGAACAGCAGACAGCGACACAACCGUCACGGCAGAGAUGGAGGAGCGGCGGCAAGUUUGGAGAAAAGACUGGAGGAGCUGGAGAAGGAGCUGGCCAGAGAGCGUCAGGAGAACGUCAGGUUGCUGAAGGCCCACCAGGACAAAGACGACCUCAUCGGGAAGCUGAAGGAGGAAAUCGACUUGCUGAACAGAGACCUGGAUGACAUUGAAGACGAGAACGAGCAACUCAAACAGGAGAACAAGACUCUGCUCAAAGUGGUGGGUCAGCUGACGAGGUAGAACCGCCCGGAACAAACCAACCCAGCUUCCCACGCCUCUCCUUCCUCCUGCCCUGGGUCGAGUCCAGCAGCAUGGCCUUUUUAUCCGUUCUGAUUCUGUCUGUCAGAGGUGAAACUGUAAAGUAGUCGUCCUCAGCCUCACAGCCUUAAACACACACACACACACACACACACACACACACUUCUGUUGUGAAAGCUGAGCUAACGUUCUCCUGCCCUGACAGUCUGUCGUCGUAUUCAUAUUUAAUGUAAAUGUAUUGUAUAUAGGCCAUUUAGAUUGUUUUUUGUUUUUUUGAUAAGGUCUUAAAAAGCAAACGUAAAAUGAAUGUAACGUGCUGCACGAACCAGCGCACGCAAAGUCUUUUUAAAACUUGGUUAGAGGUUUAAAAUAAAUGAAAAAAAUAAUCAGUCUGUCAGCCACCCAGGUCAAUUUAAAAACAAAAAAACAUCUGGAGUGUUGAAAUAUUCGUGUCUGAGGCGCCGUCGUUUCAUCCGUGAGGAUCUCUUGGAGCAAAUUCAACAUAAUUUACUCGCUACAGUUCAGUACCAUCAGCCAAAGUGGGCAGAGUGCCUUGAAAUACAUGUGAGAUUUUCUUUUGUCAGUUAUUUCAGGAAAAAAAAAAAGAUAGUUCAAACUUGGCACUUUAUUAAUGAACAUCAGUGCCAGAUUUACUUUCUUUCCAAUCAUUUCUUGGUACAUUUGAAUCUCAGCAGGGCGUCGACCAACCCCGAAGGAAGAAAAUAACAUUUCUUUACACAUUUCAACGUGAACAUCUGAGUAUUAAUACUUAUUAUUCGUUGAUGAAAUGUUUGCAGGGUCAAACCCUCUGCCUAGUAUGUUAUGUGGAUUCUUUUUUUGUUUUGUUCUGUAAUUCGUUUACAAGUUAUGUCUUUGCGAUGUCUGAUAGACUAGCUGCUCUGUUUAUGGCAUCUAAGAUGUGUGGAGUGAGCUACAGUGCAUUUUUUAUUCUGUAUGAUAACCAAACGAACUGAAGGAACAUACUAUUUGAAAUGCAUUUUUGAAUUUUGUUUACUCAAGGGAACAGGCUUGUAUUUAGAUCAUUUUAUCUCACCGAGGAGCUGCUCAGCAAAGCGUGCCGAUUAAUCUCUAGGUUUUUUUAGAUAACUCUGCUUCCACGUACGUUCACAUAUUUUGGGGUAAAGAUCGUUCCCCCCCUCGCAGACAGACAUCACAUCACAGACCCAUCUCUCUCUCUCUCUCUACCCAUUACAUUAUGCAUGUACAGAAGAUUAAGACAUUUAAUAAAAGUUUGAUUAUCUCUCUC